UUCUAGACAUUGCCCAGACGGAAAGGGAGACAGGAAAGAGUCUGUACGGUAUGUGGCAAACCUGAUACGAUGAUAUCAUAAAAACAUUUCUGUGUUUCUUCUGCGGGGUUUUCAUCAGCGCAACUCUACAGCCCUCUAUCAGACAGGACAUCUGCUAUCAAAAUCAAUUUCUUCUUGCUACACUACGUUAUGCUCCAGUGGGAAAACUUUCUGUAACACAGUAUACAUGCCUUUGCAGAUUUCUGGAUUUCACUGAAUUAUUUAAAGGGAUUGAAUGGGAAGACUUCUAGGAUUUCAGUGUGAUACAUUUCAUCUUUCAGAGGAGUAAGCUGCAACUUAGUCCUGCUCUAUUUUCUGAUGGAUAAUCUAGAAGCAACUAGUAUGCUGGAUAGCACCUUGUGCUCACAUGCUAAUGGAUAUUUUACACGAACAUUUGUGAAAAAGACAAUGGAACCCUUACCAACUGUUAUUUGUGCCCAGUUUUAGCAACAAUUAGGCAGAUAUGGGGAACUCAGAAAGUCAAUACAAUCUUCAAGGGUCCCGAAGUCCAGGUGGUAGCUCUUUAUCAGAUGCAAAGCAAAAGAGCUGCUCUUUAAAAAUACACAAUGUUCAUGGAAAAGAGGAAAAUGCCUGGACUUCUCCUGGAUGGGGUCGAACAAACAGCAGUACUACCUACAAAUCACGCUCAUUAACAAGAACCUGUCUGUCUCAGUGCAAGAGCAAUCCACCAUAUUCAUCAAGUCAUGGGGAUAUCGUGCUAAAGGGCUCUAAACCUUGCACUCAUCCUAAACACAGAUCUAACUUGGCUGGCGAGUGUUGCCAGGCAAACAACAACACCUAUUUACCAGAUAAUGGGUAUCAUUACGUUGGAUUUGAGAGUUCAGGAGAACACAGGAGAUGCAAUGGACACAUAUUAAACUGUUAUGACAUGCAUGACAGUAUGUCUGCGGCUCUGCAAGCCGAAGAGAGAAAAAGUCCAAAAGUCUUGAUUAAAACACUGGGAAAGCUUGAUGGUUGCUUAAGAGUAGAAUUCCAUAACAGUGGAAAUGAUGUUCCAUCUGAAGAAUCUGAUGGACCAGUUCAGUUACUCAGGUAUUCCCCUGCAAUGGAAACAAAGGAAAUAACCCAGAAUGAUCCCCGGAGAAACUCUGGCACGGAUUACACUACAAACCAUGGUUUGUCAGCAAGCGAUUCUGGACUUAGGUCAAGCAAAGGAAGUUCACUAAGUUCAGACUCUUCGUGGUAUGAUUGCCCCUGGGGAAACGCUAGGGAUAUCAUUGACCUGAAUGGGUCUUACCUUACGAGGAGUUCCUUAGACACAAGUGUACAUGGAGGAAUUAUUCCAAAUGAUAGUAGUGUACUCUUCAACCAGAGAUCUUCUCUUUCUUCGCUUCGUGAGUUAUACAACACUGAUUUAGAAGGUGGUUUAGCCUCCAGUCGAUUGUCCGAUGAAUACAUAACUGACCAUUAUUCCCUAAGUAACAGAGUUUCCUUCGUCUCAGAUAUUGAUGUUCCAUCAAGAGUAAAACAUAGAGGACCUACUCAGUAUUCCUCGUACACCCUUCCAUGCAGGAAAUCAAGGCCUUUAACUGAAGACGCAUCUAAAAAAGACACAUUGAAAAGCAGAAUCAGACGCAUUGGUGACUGGACAGGUAGUCUUUCAAGGAAGAAAAGAAAGCUGCAGGAAACAAAAUGCAGGGAUGCAAGUGAAUGUUUUGACAGUGGAAUGAAUGGCUUUACGGAAGAGACAAGCUCCCCUCCACAUCUCUCCAGUGUGAUGUGGGCUGGAGGGUCUGGGCCUCUCUUGCCACCAAAGAAUGAGUAUACAAGUGCAACCAGCAGUGAUGCUGUAAGGCAGAAUAUCUAUGAUAAUUUUAUGAGGGAGCUGGAAAUGGAAAGAACCAAUGUAGAGGAAGCUCCUACAUCUAUGGGAACAGAGGACUCCAGCAAUGACUCGCUCGGUUCAUUGGAACAACUUGACUUGCUGUUUGAGAAGGAACAAGGAGUUGUCCGUAAAGCUGGAUGGCUUUUCUUUAAGCCACUUAUCACUCUUCAGAAGGAGAAAAAACUGGAGCUUGUUAACCGCAGGAAAUGGAAGCAGUAUUGGAUAACACUUAAAGGUUGCACCCUGAUGUUUUAUGAAACAUAUGAGGGAAAUUCCAUGGAUCAGAAUGUUUCACCUAGAUAUGCCCUGUUUACAGAAGACGGCAUUGUACAGUCAGUUCCUGAGCACCCCAAAAAGGAAAACGUCUUUUGUCUCAGCAAUUCUUUUGGAGAUGUUUACCUAUUUCAGGCCACCAGUCAAACAGAUCUAGAAAACUGGAUAACUGCCAUUCAUUCUGCUUGCGCCUCACUAUUUGCCAAGAAGCAUGGGAAAGAAGACACCAUCAGACUGCUGAAAAGUCAAACCAGAAACCUUAUGCAAAAGGUUGACAUGGACAGCAAGAUGAAAAAGAUGGCCGAGCUCCAACUCUCCAUUGUUAGUGACCCAAAGAAUAGAAAAGCCAUAGAAAACCAGAUUCAACAGUGGGAACACAACUUGGAGAAGUUUAACAUGGACCUUUUCCGUAUGCGCUGCUAUUUAUCCAGCCUGCAGGGGGGAGAGUUGCCAAACCCCAAGAGCCUACUCGCAGCUGCUGGACGGCCAUCCAAACUAGCACUGGGGCGACUUGGUAUAUUUUCUGUCUCUUCAUUCCAUGCAUUGAUCUGCUCCCGGGAUGAGUCUGCUUUGCGCAAACGGACAUUUUCUCUCACACAAAAACUGCAGAUUAAGAAGAGUUUAUUUUCUUCCCUUAAAGGACUGGAUACCCUGGCAAGGAGGGGCAAAGAAAAAAGACCUUCAAUAACUCAGAUUUUUGAUACCAAUGGAAGCCAAUCAGGUGCUGGGACACAGGCACCACCCAAUUUGAGCAACUCCAAUGAGCAUGUCGAGGAAUUGGUGAAUAUCUAUAACUCGGUUCCAGAAGUGACACAAAAAGAAAACUCAUGGGAAAUCCCCAUAUUUGUAAAUUUUUACGAUGGCCAUGGUGUUACCGUCAGUCUCAGGCCAGAACACAGAGUGGAAGAUGUCCUGAGUUUGGCAUGCAAAGUUCGGCAGUUAGACGCUAGCUUUUUUGGAUUGCAUCUACGAAAACAUGAGGAUGAAAAUGUUGAAUAUUAUGUUCCUUCCCCAGUGGAAUACAUACAGAAUCAGGUGUAUGAUGAAUUGGAAAUCUUUCCACUGGGUAUUUACAAUGUGCACCUUGUAAAGUCUGGAGGGGUAACUGAUUUUGGUUUUGCUGUCGCUGCUCAGGUUGAUGAGCAUAACAGUCUUACUCACAUAUAUGUAAGUUAUGUUCAUCCUGAUGGACUGGCCUACAGGGAAGGGUUGCGGACUAAAAAUGAAAUCCUCCUUAUUAAUGGAGAAGCAGUUACAGACCUGAACUUGAGGAAAAUGGAGUAUUUAUUCUCAGAGAGGAGUGUCUUGCUCUCAUUGCGGACUUGUCAUCUUGAUGUCAAACCAUCGCUAAGCUCCUCGUGGUCAAAAAAUUGCAUUGUAAAAGAUCAGAUGAGACCUCUACCACCACUCAACCAGUCUCAACUCUUGGAAGAGUUCCUGGAUAAUUUCCAAAGGAAUUCAAUGAAAGAUUUACUUAAUGUACCAGAUGUCACCAUUGGCAGUCUGAAAAGGAGCAGCACAGAUAAUGCUGUGGACCAGGUGCAGUGCAGGCCAAGGUCCGAUCAGACGUACAAGAGUGCUGACCAAAUCACUGCAUUGUGUCGUAGUAUGCAGGAAGUCAACCAGGAGAUGAUGGAUGGACAAAGCGACAGUUCAGACCCACCACUGAGACCACUAGCUCGACACUUGUCAGAUGGAGAUAGGCUCCGUAAAGUUAUUCAAGAACUCGUUGACACUGAGAAAUCAUAUGUUAAGGAUUUAAGUUGCCUUUUUGAAUUAUACUUGGAACCUUUACAUAAUGAAAUAUUCCUUACUCAAGAUGAGAUGGAUUCUUUGUUUGGCAGUCUGCCUGAAAUGCUUGAUUUCCAGAAGGUAUUCCUACAAACUCUGGAAGAUGGCAUUUCAAGUUCUACUGACUUUAACAUACUUGAAACACCUUCGCAAUUCCGGAAACUGCUUUUCUCUCUUGGUGGCUCAUUUCUUUACUAUGCAGAUCACUUCAAACUAUACAGUGGAUUCUGUGCAAACCAUAUAAAAGUGCAAAAAGUUCUAGAGAGAGCAAGAACAGACCCAGCUUUUAAAGAAUUUUUGGAUGCCAGAAACCCAACAAAGCAGCAUUCUUCUACAUUGGAGUCCUACCUUAUCAAACCAGUGCAGAGGGUGCUGAAAUACCCCCUCCUAUUAAAAGAACUGGUAUCUUUAACAGACAGUGAAAGUGAAGAGCACUACCACCUGACAGAAGCAUUAAAAGCUAUGGAAAAAGUAGCCAGUCAUAUCAAUGAAAUGCAGAAAAUCUAUGAAGACUAUGGAACAGUGUUUGAUCAGCUAGUGGCAGAGCAGAGUGGAACGGAGAGAGAGGUCACAGAGCUUUCCAUGGGAGAACUUUUGGUAAAUUCCACAGUCACCUGGCUUAAUAUCUUCCCCUCUCUUGGCAAAACAAGGAGAGAGCUAGAGUUAACAGUGUUUGUGUUUAGAAGGGCAAUCAUCUUGGUACACAAAGAAAACUUCAAGCUGAAAAAGAAAACAAAUCAAAACACACGUGCGUCUCAAAGUCAUGGUGAUAUUGAUCAAUUUAAAUUCCGCUGGCUGAUUCCUUUGUCUGCUCUGCAGGUCAGGAUGGGCAAUGCUGCAGGAACAGAGAAUAACUGCUUGUGGGAACUUAUUCACACAAAAUCUGAACUUCAAGGAAGACCAGAAACCAUGUUUCAGCUCUGCAGCAGUGAUUGUGAAAGCAAAACCAGCACAAUUAAAGUGAUUCGUUCAAUUCUGAGGGAGAACUUAAGGCGAAACAUUAAAUGUGACUUACCUUUGGAGAAGACCUACAAAGAUCGAUUGGUACCAUUAAGAAACAGAAUUCCGCUGUCUGCAAAAUUAGCAUCCACAAGAUCAUUAAAAGUGCUGAAACACAGCGCUAGCACCGACUGGAACAGCAGCAUAAGUAAGGGCAACGGACUAGAUUCAGAUGACGGCAGCCUAAGCAGCAGCACACAAAGCAGUGGUUGCCAAACAAUCAAUAACGUGCGGGAGUCCAAACACGGCUCUCCCUGCAAGCAUCUGAAACAGAGUGUCUCAGACCCACCACACACAACAGUGAAAGAAUCGAACAUUCUCACCGAUGAAGAUGAUUACAGGGUAUCAAAUAUGAAAACCUGUAUUACCAGCACAAAGAACAGCCCAACACAAAACCUUGAAGUACACUUCCAGAAUCUAAAUCUCUCUGAACAUUCCAACAUUGAAUCAAAAUAUGCUGAACCCACAUCAACUGAUGUGGAAGGUAAUUUCCAAGUAAAGGAACACCCAAAACUUGUACGGGGCCAUUUCUGUCCAAUUAAACGUAAAGUUACUGGCACAAAGCGAGAACAGGGGAUUAUACAAGCAAUGAAAGACCACCAUGAAUCUCUUGACAGCCAGUUAGAUGGUGGAAAUAUGGAUCUAAAUGCCAUCCUGGAGAGGGAAUUUAGCAUUCAGAGUUUAACGUCAGUAGUAAAUGAGGACUGUUUUUAUGAAACAGUUGGGAACUAUGACAAAUCUUAGAUCUUUUAGUUAGUAGGGAAGUCCAAGUUUACAUAAUUUGUUUUGUAACAUUAAUGACAUCUGGAAUAUGUAUGAAAAUCUCAAAAUAAUGGGGACAUUGAGAUGAUAAAAACCUGGUAUGGCUUUAGUUGGGAUUUUCUUUUAUUUUGUGUGAUUAUGAGCUAUACGUGGACUAGAAAUUGCUGAAAAACUACUUACUGUAUCUGUUAGUUUUGUGCACUACUUAAUUUUGCCACACAUUGUUUAAGUUAUUUUUUUUAUUUAUUGUGUAUUGGAAAAAAUAAAAGCUGACCAAAGUCAAAAUCUUUUGAACAGGUAUCAAAAUGUUGUCAUUCGGUUUUAUAAGUGUAAAAUGACAUGGUAUGAAACCACAUAAUGCAUGAAGUCUAUGAGAUUUUAGUUAUUUUGUGAUAAGUAGUCAUGGGUAAAAAGUAAAAACACGUCAUGUUUUAUGAUCAGCACAAAUAUCUGAUAGUAUAAUGAUGGUGUUCUCUAUAAAACCAUGUAAUCCAUUAAAUAAAUCUCACACUUGACUUAUUCAUGGCUCUUGAUGACUGAAGGCUUAGGGCAUUUUUUUUAAUAAAAUGUUUAACUUAUUUUUCUGUGUUUUAAUGCAUCAAGGUGCAGACAUUUCAUUUUGUACACUCCAAAACGGUUUAUACUAAAACUUUAUACAUGUGUAUAAAAAUAUGUGUACUGUAAUAUUUUGUUGGCUGUGUUUUAUUUUAUCUAUCUUGUACAGUAAAACGAGUUGUUGCCUUCAA